AUGAGCAGCAGCUCCAUGAGGUUCUCGUUCACAGGCACGCACGUGGGGCUGCACAAUGUACACGUCUUUGCCCCGCACGUUCUCGUGCACCAUGAGGUUCACUUCGCCAUCGGCAAAGCGCUCGACUGUGAUCUUGCCCAGCUGCACCCCCACGAGCUCCGCCACGUUGGCAGCCAGCUCGUGGUUGGCGUUGCCACUGAAGAUCUUGAGUCCAUUGAUCUUGGGCUGCUUGGCAACCGGCGUGGCUCGUGGAAGCGCGUCUUCGUAACAAUGACGACGACGACGACGACGACGACGACGACUCGCGUGUUGCUCAUUGACAACUACGAUUCGUUCACGUACAACAUUUACCAGGCACGUCUUCCCUACAUGACGCAACUCGGCGCGUCCGUUGAAGUGAAACGCAAUGACCAGAUCACGAUCGACGAGAUCCACGAGAUGCAGCCAGACCGCAUCAUGAUCUCGCCGGGUCCAGGCUACCCCGUCUCUGCUGGAGUAUCGUGUGACGUCAUCCGCUCUUUUGCCGGCAAGGUUCCCAUUGCUGGCGUGUGUCUCGGCCACCAGUGCAUGUUUGAGGUUUUUGGCGGCAAAGUGGAUCACGCUGGCGAGAUCGUGCACGGCAAAGCGUCUGUGAUCGCGCACGACGGCAAGGGACUGUUCCAGGGCAUGACGCCCGAGUUCAAAGCCAUUCGCUACCACUCGCUCGUGGGACUGCCCGAGACGUUGCCGGACGUGCUCGAGGUCACGGCCACGGUGAAAGGCACGAACAUGAUCAUGGGCGUGCGGCACAAGGAGUUCAAGGUCGAGGGCUGGCAGUUUCACCCCGAGAGUAUUCUGACGGAAGACGGGCUCAAGCUUAUUCAGAACUUCCUCGAGAUGUAA